UCCCGACGAGACAACGACACCCGGAGCCGAGGACACGCGUCUUUGUCUGGGAGGGAAAUAUACCACCCCACCCCCCCUCCACCCCCCGGAGAGCGUGGCAGCAGCAGCAGCGCGCGCGCGCGUUGCGUUCACUGGAGCUCCGACGUUUCCUUGUUUCAUCUCCGAGGAUUACAGCCGGGAUUACCCCCCCUCCCCGGUCACGGUGUUUACAUCGGAUCCCUCACCACGGUGUGGAAGUUACCUGGAAGAUUUGCCGGGGGCACGCGCCGCAGAGCGCGUAACCGGAGGAGGGUUACAUGUGUGUGUGUGUGUUGCUGCGAACGGAUACGUUGUGUUUCUUUUUUUUUAACUGUUUCCAUCAAAGUUUCCGGUGCCGCAGCUUUCUCCACGCCGCUCCCCCGGCGUCACGGGUCGGAUACUUUCCUCCUCGACCCCCGCUGAUGACAACCGGUCACCUGGCAGCGUAAAGGUGACACCACCACCGCGUCCAUCAUGGAGGCUGUCGGCGGGGGGGUGCCUCUGUGCACCUGGACGGCCAAAAGGAGGAGCGCCGCCUUCAUGACAUACCUGGGAGUACUCGUGAUGCUUCACCUCGUGCUUCACGCGGAAGCCGCCUCUUCCUCCUCCUCAUCUUCCUCCUCCUCCAAGUCGUGCGAGAAGAACUGCCUGUCGGGACGGUGCAUCAACGGGACCUGCGCGUGCGACCACGGGUGGGUCGGGGACCAGUGUCAGCACUGCCAGGGCCGGUUCAAGUUGACGAACCUGUCCGGCUUUCUCACGGACGGACCAGUGAACUACAAGUACAAGACCAAAUGCACUUGGCUCAUAGAAGGAUUUCCUAAUGCAGUACUCAGGCUGCGCUUCAAUCACUUUGCCACAGAGUGCAGCUGGGACCACAUGUACGUCUACGAUGGAGACUCCAUUUACGCCCCUUUGAUUGCCGUCUUCAGUGGUCUGGUCGUCCCGUUGGCGAGGGGCAAUGAGACGGUCCCGGAGGUCGUGACGACGUCCGGCUACGCUCUGCUUCACUUCUUCAGCGACGCGGCCUACAACCUGACCGGCUUCAGCAUCGCCUACUCGGUCAACUCCUGCCCCAACAACUGCUCGGGCCACGGCCGCUGCAGCACGGCCAACUCUGCGUCGGGUCGCGUUUACUGCGAGUGCGACGAGUCGUGGAAAGGAGACGCCUGCGACGUCCCGUACUGCCGCGGCAACUGUGGCAGCCCGGGACGCGGCUACUGCGACCUCACGGGGGAGAAGCUCUGCGUCUGCAACGACAGCUGGCAAGGUCCAGACUGCUCCCUGUCCAUUCCCUCCACGGAGGCCUUCUGGAUGCUGCCAAGCGUCAAACCGUCGGCUCAGUCUCUGGGCCGGGCAUCCCACCAGGCUCUGGUGCACUCCGGGCUGAUGUGGGUGGUGGGAGGACACUCUUUCAACUACUCCAACUACCACAUGGUCCUCAACUACAACCUGGAGAGCAGCACGUGGGACGUGGUGCCGGUCAGCAGCGGCCCGCUCUACCGAUACGGACACUCGUUGGCUCUGUUCCAGGACGACAUCUACAUGUUCGGCGGGAAGCUGGAGGCCCCGUCGGCCAACGUGACGGACGAGCUGUGGGUGUUCAACGUCCCGCGGCGCGCCUGGUCGCCGCGGACGCCGGCCCCGCCCCCUCCCUACGCCCUGGAGGGCCACAGCGCCCACGCGGUGGAGCUGGCCGACGGCGAGCGGGUGAUGCUCGUCUUCUUCGGCUACUCGCCGACCUACAGCUACAUCAACAAAGUCCAGGAGUACAACUUCAGGUCCGACUCGUGGCAGGUGGUGCCGGCCGAGGGCGCCGUGGUCCAGGGCGGCUACGGCCACAGCAGCGUGUACGACGAGGCGGCCGGCUGCGUGUUCCUCCACGGGGGACACAAGGCGCUCGGCGGCAACAAGUACGGCCUGGUGGACCACAUGUACCGCUACCACGUGCACUCCAGAACCUGGCUGAUCCUCCAGGAGAGCGGCGUAGCGCGGUACCUCCACUCGGCGGCGCUGCUGAGCGGCACGGUGCUCGUGUUCGGGGGAAACACUCACAACGACACGUCGCUUAGCAACGGGGCCAAGUGCUUCUCCGCCGACUUCCUGGCGUACGACAUCGCUUGCGACGAGUGGACCGUCCUCCCGAGGCCGGGGCUGCACCGGGAAGCCAACCGAUAUGGACACUCCGCCGUGGUCAGCAACGGCUCCAUGUUCAUCUUUGGAGGUUUUUCCGGCCUCCUCCUGAACGACGUGCUGACCUACACCCCUCCGUCCUGCCGGGCCUUUUCCAACCCGGCCCUGUGCGCCGCCGCCGGGCCGGGCCUCCGCUGCCGGUGGGUGAAAAGCGGGUGUGUCCCCUGGGAGACGAAGGCACCCGAUGUCGGUGUCCCUGCAGCGUUUUGCCCCGGGCGACCCGACAGCACAGACGAGCGGUGUUUCCGCUUCCCGGAGUGCGCGAGCUGCACCGCCAACACGCGCGGCUGCCAGUGGUGCGAGGACAGGAAGUGCAUGUCGGCGUCCAGCAACUGCACCGCGCUGACUCUGGAGCUGGCGCAGCAGCAUGGCGGCGCUCUGUCUCUGUCUCGUCCGCCGACCAUGUUGUCUGAACAUCAGCUGAGCUUGUGGAAGCACGGAGCCAGGAGGAGGGGACAUUCGGUGAGAGACUCGACCGGCUGCCAUCGCAGGGAGGAGCAGGAGUGUUACAGACUGGCCAACUGCAGGAGCUGCUCCCUCAACGUCAACUGUCAGUGGGAGCUGCAGCAGCAGGAGUGUCAGGCACUUCCUGGCCAGCUGUGUGGGGAGGGCUGGCACCAUGUCGGGGAGGCCUGCCUGAGGAUCAACUCCAGCAGUGAGAGCUACGACAACGCCCAGCACUACUGCAAGAACCUGGGAGGAAACAUUGCCUCUUUGCUCACAGACAAGCAAGUCACUUUUGUUCUGGAGGAGCUACAGAAAUACCAACUGCAAGACAAGACGUUAUCGCCCUGGGUGGGCUUGAGGAAGAUCAACGUGUCCUACUGGGGCUGGGAGGACGCCUCCCCCUUCACCAACACCAGCCUGCGCUGGGCGCCCGGCGAGCCCAGCGACUCGGGCUUCUGCGCCUUCCUGGAGCGAGCGCAGGCCGCCAGCCUCAAGGCCGGCCCCUGCACCGCCGCCGCCGCCGGCCUCAUCUGUGGGAAACCCGCCGGGGGUCCCCAGAGUGCGAGCGCCCGGCCCUGCAGGACGCCGUGCUCGCUGCGCUCCGGCUGCUCCAACUGCACCAGCCAGGCCAUGGAGUGCAUGUGGUGCAGCAGCACGCGGCGCUGCGUCGACUCCUCGGCCUACGUCGUCUCCUUCCCUUACGGGCAGUGUCUGGAGUGGCAGACCCAGGACUGUGCAGCCCAGAACUGUUCAGGUCUGAGGACGUGCGUCGAGUGUUUGGAGAGGACGGAGUGCGGCUGGUGCGGCGACCCCAGUAACACCGGCAAGGGCGUCUGCAUGGAGGGGUCCUACCGGGGGCCCAUGAGGCCCGCCGGGCCCCCGGAGCGACACCGGGACAUGGUGCUGGAUCAGGGUCUCUGCUCGUCCGACCGAGGCUUCAACUGGGCCUUCAUCCAAUGUCCCGCGUGCCAGUGUAACGGUCACAGCAGGUGUGUGAACGGCAGCGUGUGCGAGCGCUGCGGGAACCUGACGGCGGGCGCGCACUGCCAGAGCUGCGUGGCCGGUUACUAUGGCGACCCCACCAACGGAGGGAAGUGCAACGCGUGCAAGUGCAACACCCAUGCCGACGUGUGCCACGUCAACACCGGGAAGUGCUUCUGCACCACCAAAGGGAUCAAGGGAGACCAGUGUCAGCUAUGUGACUCAGAGAACCGUUACCUUGGUAACCCUCUUCGGGGAACAUGCUAUUACAACCUGUUGAUCGAUUACCAGUUUACCUUCAGCCUGCUUCAGGAAGACGAUCGCCACUACACCAGCAUCAACUUCAUGGCUACACCUGAACAGGCCAACAAGAACCUCGACAUGUCCAUCAACGCCUCCAACAACUUCAACCUCAACAUCACCUGGUCCUUAAGCUCAACAGCCGGCACCAUCUCCGGCGAGGAGAUGCCGAUCAUCGCGAGGACCGACAUCAAGGAGCACCGCGACAGCUUCUCGUGCGAGAAGUUCAACUUCCGGCUCCACCACAACAUCACCUUCUACGUCUACGUGUCCAACUUCAGCUGGCCAAUCAAGAUCCAGAUCGCUUUCUCCCAGCACAACAGCAUCAUGGACCUGGUGCAGUUCUUCGUCACCUUCUUCAGCUGCUUCCUGUCUCUGUUACUGGUCGCUGCUGUGGUCUGGAAAGUCAAACAGACGUGCUGGGCCUCCCGACGCAGAGAGCACUUGAUGAGAGAGCGGCAGCAGAUGGCCAGUCGUCCCUUUGCUUCGGUCAACGUGGCGCUGGAGGCGGGCGGCGACCAAGAGGAGCUGCUACAGGCGGUGCCGAAGCCCAUCGCCAUGGAGCCGUGUUGGGGGAGCCGAGCAGGUGUUCUGACGGUGCUGCUGUAUCUGCCCAGAGUCCCAUCUGGGAUACCUCCACCUGGACAGUCUGGUAUUGCGAUAGCCAGUGCCCUGGUGGACACGUCACAACAGCGACUAAUGGACUUCAAAGAAAGAGGCCUGGGUUUGAAGCACCGCAAACACACCGUGCUCCACCAAGGGACCUGUGUAUGAUCUGGAUUCCAUCAACUCGGUCCCAUCGUGACCCCGGGAGAUAUUCUUAUGGACUUUAGACGAAGGGAUGCAUUGUAAACAAAAGGCAAAGCUCGCUAAAAUUGGCUUGGAAGAAGAGUAAAUAUAGCAAUUGUCUCAUCAACGGGCCUCCAAACUGGAAAAAGUGGCACUCGUGGUUGAGAACUUUUCUUUGUUCAACAUGCUGGUCUCGAUGUCUACGUUGGUCAUGAUGAGACAGGAAACCAAGAACUGGAAACCCCACAGACACACAGCGAAAACACCACCGCUUUGGACUGAACAUUUACCAUCCGGCUUUUCCAGUUCCAUAAGCCAUACGUGGCUCUUUAUCUCCUGGACUCGACUUGUCUGUCAAGCAAUCAAAAGCCAUAUUGACAGAGGAAAACACUCGUUUUACACCGUUGAAACAAACUAAAAUGGCGUAUCGAGCUCCUGUGAAAGAUAUUGAGCUGAAAUGAAGUCCUCCUGGCUCCGACUCAUGAGCAACGCUGGAAAGAACAACGUGGACCUAACUUGAUCCAUGCAGGACACCGUAGUGUGGGGGGGUGUUCUGUGACAAGGAUUUACUCGAGGAGAAAGCAUCCCCUGGGAAUUUUUAAAGACUACUGCUGUUCUGGCAUUAAGAACGAAGAUCAUUGGAUGUAAACUAUUGAGAUUUGUCCUUUUUAUGAAAUAUAUGUCGAUUUUUUUCUUUCUUUUUUUCCCUGCACCAACAUUUUAAGUUUUGAUAUGUGCUCAGGUCCUCUGGAAUGGAACAGGGUCCAUUGCCUGUAGCUAUGGGCCUUAAACGUAUCUGUAUAUGCACUAUAAGUGAAAUGCUUUACCAGUACAUUAGGAACCUCUGUGGGAUAAUAUUAUGCAACUAAUCAUCCAAAUGUUUAUUAUAGGCUGCAAUGUAACCUCGAGGUCGUCAAACACACACACACACACACUGCUGAUGGUAUUCAUUUGCCUAUCAAUUCAGUUAUUACUGUGAAGAUACACUCUAAACAUCUUUCUCAUGACCUCCAGUUCAAUUUCAAGCCUGUUUACUUGUGAUACAAAAACUUUUAUGUAACAUAUCGCUUUAUGUAAUAUUUAUAAAUUAUGCAAAAUACAGUUAAACAAUUUUACAAAUGCACUAAGGUUUUUUUUCUUUUUUUCUUUUUAAUGAGAAGAUUAAACGAUGGAUAUUACAAAGAAAGUC